AUGUGUUCGUCUCUCUCCCUGUAUCUCCUCUUUGCGACAUCUUCGUAUACCAAUCGAUGUCAUCUAAUUGGAUGUGGCGGGCUUCUGGUGACAGCGAUGUUUAGUAACUCCGUAGCGGAACAAGAUCUCCAGGAUAAUCCCUUUGAUGAUGGGGUCCUGUGUAAUUCCCCCACACCACUAGCUACAUCUACAGCCAAAAAGAAGUUGAACACACUUCCUUGCACAUCUCAUACCCAGGCAGCUGUUGCUGCUGCUAACAAUCAUCUUACAGACAGAAUUUCACAGAUGGCUUCAGCUGAUCAAAGCACAGACAGUGUCUUCAAGCACCCUGGGGUUUUCCUUCCUGGUGGGACCAGUGUUCGACAGACAACUGGGAAGCGACAAAGUGAAGCCUGUCAACAGCAGAAAUCUUCACGUGCUGAAAAUUUACCUCCCCAGACAGCAAAUGCAGUUACAAAACUGGACACAUCAGUCAUGUCUGAACAAUCUCUUGUUUCCAAUGCUUCGUCAAUGGGCUUGCUUCCUGACUACCUCUUGAAUGGUGAACCUGAGGAAAUGCUAGUGCCACAAGAACCUUACAGCGUCACUGAAUCGUUAGAACAGUCACGUUCUUCUGAUAUAUCUAUCGAACAGGCCCGGCGCUAUCCAGCUGAAGAAUCUUAUAACAAGAGAAACCUCAGUGGCAGUCACUUUGCUAGUGCCCAUGCAUUUCUUCAGUUACAAGGCAUGAAAACAGGAACUGGUGCCAAUCUGAGCCCCCCAAAGAUAAUUCUUGGGGCGGAAGAAAUAUGCGAAUUAGAUAAAGAUUUUGGAUCUGAAAGGGAGGACACUAUAGUGCUUGAGAGUCCAGUGGCUGAAUCUCCUCUGAAUACUCCUGGGUCUACCACUCCAGUGAGAAUGGCACUAAAUGAUGUUGUUACAAAUGCAACCAGACUGAUUGAUGCACAGGGAAACAAACACUUGGAAGAAUUGUCUUACUGUAGUUCUCUUGGGCUAUCUCAUGAUGACAAUCAGUCUUUUAGUCUGGAGAAGAUGCUACGUGGCAAUAAACCUGAAGAAAAGCCUUGGACAGAAGAAUUGAGUCAAACCAGUGAAUAUGGAAUUGGUUGGGGGAAGAGCCAAACCUUUUCUUGUGAACCUUUUGCUGAAGACAAACCAGUAGAAUCCACUAAAUUAUACGAGGAUGAUCCUUUUGACAACGAUCUUGCGUAUCGAACCGAAUUUGAUGCCGACAUUUCCAAUAUUCAAAACGAUAGCCUUAGUGGCGAGUUUAUUCCAUUUGAAUCGGCAGCUGCCAAAUUAGAUGCAGAUGAAGCUGAGUUCUUUGGAGAAAAUGCCAAUCCAGAUUUUGAUGAUGUCCUUCAAGUUCCAUUAGCUGAAGAUGUUCAAGACUGGAGUUUCAAGAGUCAUAUCAGUUUCACAACUCCAAGCAGCCAUGAGAGAAUGUCCCUUGGAACAUAUAUGUACUCUAGAUCUGAAUCUGUAAAUGCAAAUCAGUCACUGUUUAACAAGAGUCAUGCUGGGGCUGAAUUACCAAUUCUAGAAGAAUUGGAGGAGGAGGAAGAUGAUGAUGAUGAUGGCCCUGAAGAUAUAAAACCUGUCAAUAAUGAUGGGGAAGAUGACCAACCAGCUGAAACUUUACCACCUCCAGUCCUAACACAAUCCUUGAUAAGCAACAGCCUUAUCUCUAACAUCUUGGAUAUGGCCAGCAUGUCAAUGUCUAAUGAUGAGAUAGCCAGUAAGUUUGUUGCACAGCUGGACAAACGCCAGAGAAGUCGGUCAGGAACCAAAAGAGAUAUACCAUCCUUAAAAAGCAACAUGCAGACUCCAAUAACAUUUCAACCUGAUGCCAGCCAAUCGAUUGUCUCACAGGAUAAUUUUCAGUCUCGAGUUCCCAGCAAUAUCUCCAUGCCUUCUUCCGCCAACAUGGUCAACAAUGGUUCUAUCAUGUCUGCUUCUUGCUCUACACACACGCUCACGAACCAGAAGUCUGGUGUUGAGGAAGAGCUCGAAAGUUCUGUGCAGAUGGGUGCACAAAACCAGUCCUAUCACAGCCCAGUUGCUACUAAAAACAAUCACUCAUCAUCUCCAGAUGGCAUGAAAUUCCGUACACCCCGUGAGAGCAUGUAUGUACCAAGGGCGUUGGCCAAACACAGAAACAUAACUGAUGAGUCCAAGUUUAACUGUCAUUUAAGGUUUGAUGAUGCUGAUAUAACAAAGCCUGUAAUCAAAGAAGGUCCGAACAGAAAAUCUACAGCAGUUACUCGUCCUCAAACAAAAACUGAAGAGGUUGUGUCACACGGUUUACAGAAGAUGCCGAGAGUCUCUCUGAAAUCAGCUCAAGACAACGCUCGGCUCUCUGCAGCUUCUCAGUCACAUGUAAACCAUCAAAAUGGCAAAGAUUGCAAAGAACUCGGAACUGAAAAUAAGUCUCUGGCUGAUUUAUCAGCAGUUUUGUCUGCCCGGAUGAACAUCACUGAUGCUCGCAAGAUACAGGCCAUUCUUAUGAAUCGGCACCAAGAGGGUAAUGAAGUCGACGUGACCUGCCAGUGGCAGACCAUGAUGGAAGAUCCACUCGGGCAGACCCAGGUCAAUUUUAAUGUCUUCACAUCCUCGCUUCUGGAGGACGAGAACCCUGCUGCUAAUGUCGAAAACUUUUUGGAUUCGGCUGACUUUGCCGCUCUUAAGCGAAAACCCAAAUUUGAGAUUGAUCGUGUGGUCAACAUUCCAGAUUGUACGAUAGGAAUAUCGGAAAAGGCAUGUGUGACUGUUCGGAACCUUGUCGAUUGCUGGCUUGAGUGUCAUCUUGAUAUGUUGCAUCUAUUUGUGAAUGGUCGAGAGGUCAAUAUUCGGACCUAUAACCCAUUUCGUAUGAAGCAAAAGCUAGUCUUGGCUCCCAAGGAAACUCAGAAACUUGAGGUUGUGUUUUUUCCUAAAGAUCCUGGCUCAUACAUGGCAGAGGUGCGUAUGUCUUCAGGUUCCCAGACUGCCAGCCCUCAUCAGAAGACACAUGAGGAUGAUCAUGUUACCUGUUAUAUGAAGUUGAAUAGCUAUGCUGAUCUACCAUCCAUCCAUUUUUCCCCAAAGGAACUGGAUUUUGGUCAACAGAGCUGGGGUUCAACCGGAUGCUUGCCAAUUACGGUGGCAAAUAAGAACAAAGCCAAAAUUCCCCUACGAUUUGUUAUAUUGUCUAAGUCUUCAGAUAUAUUUCGAUGGGGCCACAAAACGCUUCCCGAUGCACCUGGUUAUGAAUCUAAUUACACGGUAGUGAGUGACAAUAUUGCUUGCCUGACUCUUCCUGGAGCCCAGGCUGGCUGUGCGCUGGAUAUGACUUCCCUGGAUAUAAUUUGUGAUCUAGUCAAAAAAUGUGCCCUAAAAGACCCCAAACAAGCCACAUCACUAAUUGGUGUAGUAGAGAUUCAGCUGGAUGUGCCUUCAGCCCAUGCACCACUUGGCAUCAUUCAGCUUGUUGUGACUGCUGGUAUAGCCAAAUUACAUGUUUCAAAUGGGGUUGAUCUCAUUGUAAUGGAGACCUCAGUCAACAAAGCAGCUAAUCGCACAGUAACUCUUCGCAACGCCGGCACCCUGGAUCUCCAUGUGGCUUUAGAUAUCAGUCGUCAUGAACAGGUGUUUACAUUGGAUUCUGGCUAUCUAAAAAUACCUGUUGGUGAAAGGGCAGAUGUCAAUGUUGCUUUCCAUCCACAAGAUGAAAGUGUCAAGUCUUACAAUGCAGAAAUGAUGAUGUUCAUGGAACCAAACGGCCCUGUUUUUGGAAUUCCUGUCCAGGGCAAAAUUCUGGCAGUAUCUCAUUCCCAUUCUCGUCAGCAUAAAUGGCUCCUCGCUGACCAGAGUCAUAUUAAUUUUGGAGGCGUUCCCCUGGGACAAUCAAACCCCACAAGGUGUUCAGUGCUCAAUGGCAAGAUCAACAUAAAAUCCUCUGAUGAUUCUACACGCUUUGUGAUUCCAUUGACUGGUUAUGGGGGCCUCAGUGAAGUGUUUUUAGCUGAACCUCUUAGUGGCAUUUUGAAAAUCACUCAGGCCGAUGCAACAGCUGCCUCCAGUCAGACGGCCAACUUCACCCUGAGAAAUUCUGGGAUAAGAGAUGCUUUUUUCUGUGUUCAGAUCUACGAAGAUUCUGAUAAAAGUGUUUUGGCAAAAAAGCAAGCAUUUGCAAUCGAUCCGCCGAAUGGAAUUCUAAAGUCUCUUGAGAAAAUCACUGUUACCCUGCUGUGCAACCAGAUGGCUAUGUCAUCCUUGCCUGUACAUAUUGCUAUUUACCAUGGGGAAGAAGAAGCAAGGCAACAGUUAAAAAGAGCCUUAAAAAAAUUCCCAAAUCAACGGAGCAAGUGGAAAUGGUCAGAUUGGUUUGAUACCGUGUUCACUAAUGAAGAUUACACACAAAGCUAUGACCAGACUUUGAGCCAAAGAAGUGACAUCAAUGUUUUCUUUGAUCAUUUAUCUACUCUUGAACUGACGGUUGAAAUAAGCAAAAAAACACAUAAAAAUGAGAAAUGGUCUUACAAAAAUCCGAAAGUUGAUUGGGACAGCACUGUAAGAGAGAGCCAAAUCAUCCAAAGACCAACUGCAAAACCUCUGAAGGAAAUGGUGAAGAAAGAUUCCAAGUUGCAGAAACAUUUUCCCAAUAUAGAGACCGACAAGGAAAACGUUCAGAGUGGCAGGGUUGGGUCUGGGUCCCAAAUGUCGUCAGUGGCUGAUAAAACGGGCGGGAUAUAUUCCCUGCCAGGUGAAGGCGUUCCUUCAGAGCUGCAGAAAAUAUGGCGCCUUGUACCAGAAAAGCUGAUUUUUAUCUCAAAAGAUCCCCAGAUAUUUUCCAUCAUCAAUUUUGGACAGGAAUCCUUAAAGUAA